AUGGGUAUCAUAUUUAGUAGUUGUGCACCAGAUAGACCGGAUGAUGCAGUUCAGGAUAAAUCAGAAGUCGUAUCGCCUAAUGUGAUGCCUUACAAACCAACACCGAUUGAGAAGGAUUCACCUGCAACCAAAGUUAAUAUCGAUGUUGUUAUGAGCAACACUAAUUUAAAGUUACAUAAAGAUGUUGAUCAACAACAACAGACAACGACACCACUCAAAAAACACAGUAUACAAAUAGAGAGAAAACAUGUAAAUAUAGAUGAAGAUGAAGAAGAGGAAGAAGAAGAAGAAGAAGAGGAAGAGGAUGAAAAUCAAUCAAAUAAAAAAAAUAAUAAAAACAACAACAGCAAUAAACAAUCAACAACGACUGUUACAUCACCAACAACAACUACACCAACAACAACAGAUCUGUCGAAUGUACCUUUAAGUAAACCUGCAAAAGCACCAAUGAAAUUAGGUGUUUACGUAUCAAUCGAUAUUAUUUUAGCUAAAAAACCAUUACCUAAACCAGUACUCUCAACAAAUGUAAAUAAUACAACUAAAACAACACCAACUUCACAAUCUUUAGCAAAUGUCAAUGAAAAUACAAAGUUUACAAUGGAUAAUGACAGUUUAGAGAUAUCUACUGGAUCUGCUGGUUGGGGUGGAGACGACGAUAUAGUUUUUGAAAACGAAGGUGAUGAUGAAGAGGAAGUCUUUGAAGAACAAGAUGAUGAACCAGACGAACAACCAAAAAAACAACACCAAUCAAACAAGAAGUACCAACAAAGAAACUAUCUAAUGCAUGGAAUGAUGAUGGUGACGAUGGUUGGGAAUAAAAAACAUCACUUUUAA